UCCUGUGCCUUUGCUGUUCAGAGUUUGAGGUCAAGCGAUUUCCUUUUUGGUAUGUCUCACUUGAUGUUCCUCAAACUGAAGUGACAAACUUCGCACAGUUCCCUGCUAAGACAUUUUAGAUCAUGUCAUACAUGCUCAACUGCCAUUUUACAUGAUGAGUGAAUAUCAGUUGUAAACAAGUAUGGAGAAAAGACAGCGUGAGGGGACAGUAGAGGGCUCCAGAUCACACCAGUCAACAUUAACAGGAACCCUGGCACUGAAGAACUUCACCAUACCCAGGAAGAAGCGGACCUCUGGAGAAGACCUGUUGGAGCGUUGUUCAGAGGAAAGCCGUGACUACAAUCUCAUUCAGACAAAACUGAGAGAUGCCAUGCUGGACACUAGAGAGGACCGAGCUAAUGCAUGGGUCUGGAAAGAUGUUUGUUUAGUGCACAAUGAGGAACUCCUUAAAAAGUUCUUAGAAAAAAGGGCAGAGAUGCGAGCCAAAGGAAGACAUGGGAGAGAAAUGGAAGAAAGAUUCUGUUUUUUAGCUUCAUCGGAUCAAAUGGCAGCCCAGAUUUAUCGGCACGGUCUACAGGUUGGCAGCACUGUCCAGUAUGCCUUGGGAAAGCCAUCACACGGAGUAUAUCUCUUUAGGCAUGUCGACGUGGCUCUGAAAUCUAAUACCAACGUAUUAAGUUUGACAAAAGUUGUAAUUUUCAAGGUUCUUUAUGGAAAGGUGAAAAAAUCCGCUCCAAGCUUGGACUGGAACAAAACGCAGGAUCCCACUGUAAGCUUUGACUGUCACAUGUGUAAAGAUGCAGUGUCUUAUCGAGACACUCUUCACCAGCAAGUUCUGGGCUCCUCUGUUUUUCUGUUUGACUUUAACGAGAAGCAGGAACUCACUGAAAGACCCAGACAGUGUUUGCCAUAUGCUGUAGUUUCAUUUGUUCCUUCUAGCAGUGCCAUUCUGACUGUGCCUACAAACCUAGCACUCUCCGCUUCAGCGCUACCUGUUGGCCAAGUGCAUGACCGUUUUAAGGCAUGUCAUUUGCCAGAGAGAAAAGGAAGCACUGCCACCAUUAAGUUCAAUCACUUUGGUAUGUCGGGCUGCUGUGAGACACCUCAUUAUACACCUCAGAAACCAGAAGUAGAAGCUCCAUUUCAAAAGAGCGAUAUUAAAAACACUCAGUCAUUCAACCCAAAACAGCACUGGAUUGCUGCCAGUGAGGAAGCAGCUUCCAGCAGUUCAGGGCCAGUUAUGGAUAACACUGCCAUUUCUCAAAGCUUGCUGGGAAAGAAAUUAUUCCUGAGUAAUCACAAAAAGAGGAUUGCAAACAAUGACAAUACAUGGGACAUAGUACCUCAAAGUCCACUGGACAAAAUUUCUAGCUUGGUGUAUUCUUCACGCUUGGUUAGUGAUCCUCGUCUGUCUAGAAAGGAAGGAUAUAAACAGACCAACCACUCAGAGGCCAAGGUAGCAUACGCCGGAUCUGGGUGUGAUAAUAAGGAAUGCCAACCAACUGGUAAAAACCAAGAGGACAAUUAUGGAUUUGCUGGAAAUAAGUGUGAUUCAAAAGAGCCAACAAAGAAGGACACUCAAACAGAAACCUCAAGGAUUGACCAAUGUUCGCAUACCCUGACAUUGCCUUCAAUGAAGUUAUUCAAAAUGAAAUUCCAAAAAUAUGCUGCCUACUUUAGAAUGAAUGAGGAAGAGAGGCAUCUAAAAAUAUGGUCACAAGAAAACAUGUCAGCAGAGCAAAAGCAAGAAUUAGCUGACCGUAUACAUUUUUAUGAAGGUUAUUAUCAUAAGUAUAAAAACGGAUUGAUCUUUCAAAAUGUUGAUGAGACAAAGAAGAAGUCCAUCGUUUCUCAAAUAGAGCCCAAAGAAAAUCACAUUCUACAGACAAAAGACGACACGUACAAGCACGAUCAGUCCUAUGUGUGCCAAACAAGAAGUCAUAAUGCUGCAAGUUUGUCAGAUAACAGGGGUAAAUGUAGCACAACACCCAUUCAUGAGACCAGUCUUGUAAAUCAUGCAGAAUCUAGUGCAGUAAUGUUGCCAGAAAAGGGACAGGAUCAAGCACCAGAGACUAAGCAGGACCAUCCUGAUAGAUGUCUGGUUCACUCUCCAGAUAAACUCUCAGAGCAGUCAUUGGUGCUGACAUCAUCGAACCUAAACCUCACAGGGGAGAAAACUGAGACACAAAGUGUACAUCUUGAUCUCAGGCACCCAAGUCCUUUAAGUUGUCCCUCUAAUGAAGCAAAGCUUAAUCACAGCAUAGAACGUGAAAGUGAGCUCUCCAGAAGAGCAGUAGAGGAUCAGUCUACUCCAGGUGAUAACUUAGUUGAAAAGCUCAGCACUGGAUCAAGCCUUAUGUAUGCAAACAGCGUCAUGGAUAACACAGUCAUGGAUAACAACGUCAUGGAUAACACAGUCAUGGAUAACACAGUCAUGGAUAACAACGUCAUGGAUAACACAGUCAUGGAUAACACAGUCAUGGAUAUUGCAAGCUGUGUUGAAGUCUCUAGCUGUGGACCAUCAGACAACAGUGACCUCAGUCCUCCCAUGACAGUAAAGCAAAAAGAGGAUGGGAAAACUGGCAGCGAUGUUCAAGAGAUGGGUACUUUUAGAUGGAUAAAAUGUUGUGAAGACUCAUCUCCAGAGCUUGAUAUGGAAACAGUAAAGCGGGAUGACAGUACUCACUGCGAAUUGUACAAAAGAAUUCAACUUGAUCGACUAUUGCCAAGCAUGUUUGAAAAGCAUGUUUUUUCCUCAAGUACAGACAAAGAUAUGAGCGGACCUGCGGACAAUAUUUCCAAGCUAAAAAAUGAAAGCAAAGAUCACAGCGAAGCUGAAACAAACCUAAACAUCAAAGUUACUCUAAAAUCCAGCAAAACGUCUGAACAUACUACAGGAGUGCUUUCUCUCUCUGAGCGAUUUUCAAAAAUCAAAGGCCUUCAAAAGAAAUUGAUUGAAAGAAACAACAAAAUGAUUCAAAGCAGAAGCAGAGGACACAGAGAAACUGCAACUUGCAAUGCUGAACUAAUACAACUACUAGCUCAGAGGUACAGUAAAUCGAAACUGUAUGUAAAAUGCAACCACUUGAGCAGGCCGGGUUAUAAGAAGUCAUGCCUCAAAAAACAGCAUACAUUUCUAUCACUACGUCACUCUUUAAAGAGGAGCAAAUAUGUCAAGAAGACAUCCUUCUGGAAAGCAAAGAGGAAUCUUAGCAGAGCAACUGUGUCAGCUGAUGAAACAUUAAACAGCAAAGCAACACCAGACUCUUCAAACAGUCAGUCUGAAAUAGUCUUUACUGGACAUGAAGAUCAAGAUCCAGACUCUAAUUUAAGAAUAUCUCACACAUCUGAUGAUGGAAAAUCAUUACAUGUUCAGGCUUCUCAGGAGGCUACUGCCACUCUUCCUGAGACCAAACUGAUAGAGGAGCCAAUAAAUCCUACUGAAGAUCUCUAUAAAAAUGAUUCAGUCUGCACUGAGAAUGCUACCACACAUUUUACUCCAUAUCUAAUGCCAGUAAUAGUGGAUAAAGGAGAACAAGUGAAGACAACUGAAAACAUCUCCAAUCAAAGCCAAAUGUCCUUGAUCACAUGCAGUAGCAAAAAGCAAGGGCGUAAAGAGUGCGAAGAGGAGAAAAUGUUACCAAUUGUGACAUCAGAGACUGGACUGAAUCCGUUAAGAAAGGAGCAAUUCACAUUUAAAUUUAGAGUGGAUGACAAAGUAGAUGCUGAUUGUAAGGCAUCAGAAACACACAGUGAUGUGCCUGCAAGCAACACAACUCAUAAAACUGAGCUCAGGUCAAACGUGACUCCAGAAGCCAAGUUGAUGGAUGCUAUCAAUGCUACUGCUGAGACAGAAACUAUAAAAUGUAGUGAGCAAAAUGCAAAUAUGAAAAAUACUCCAAAUGUACGGUGUUUUGAAGAAACAGAACUCAUGUCUGCAUAUAUCCCACAUAUGAACCAAUCAUGUCUCAAAAUGUUUACCAACACAUCAAAUGUCCGCAGUGUUUGGAGUACUGAUUCUGAAGCAUUUGGAUACACAACAUUAGAUUCAGAGCAGUGUAGGUCAGAAGCUUUGAACUGUUCAUCUAAUAAUAUUGUAGAUCUUACUGUCGAUGAGCCAGCUUUGAGUGUCCAGUGUGAGAUUUCCUCAAAACGCACAAAGAAGAACAGCAACACCAGUUUGCUCGGUUCUGACAAAUCACAAAGUACUCCGACAAUCAGAGACGACUGUAAUUUAUCAAGGCCAGACCAAAAUAAAACCGAUGAGGUAAACUCACCAGAAACCCAGCUCAUUUCUAAACUGAGAGAUUAUUUGACCAAAUUUGAGUCCACUGUCAAGAAACAAGAGUCAGUGAAUGAAGAUCUUAAAGAAAGGCCAGUGAUGUGGAUAACGCUUGACAGCACUGCACAUAAGCAGCAAUUGUAUGAAAAAAGCCAGUACUGUAUGGUGAACGUUCCUUGCCUGAUGUCUCAUGGGGGUGAAACUGUUAAAAAAAACAAUUCAAGUGAAUACACCGAAGCCCCUGUUCAAGCUAGGAAGGUUCUUCGAAGGGAACAUGCUCGACAUGGAAGUGAUGUUUGCCUAUUAGUUCCUGUUGAACCUAAGAGAGGCAGACGAUCUUCUCAAACCAAACGAACCAGUAAGCAAAGAUCAAGGAGGAGCUCAGUACCUAGUGUCAGUCCUGACAGUACCAGUGCUAUAGACACCGUCAAAGGUAAUAGUCCACACCCUUUGCCCCCGGUGAAUGACCGGAGCGCUGUUUUCCCAGAAAUCUCCAUCAAUAACACCUUUAAUGCCCAGUUACAGAUGCAAAGAAAGCACACAACAGGCCAACAAAAUUCCUCUGUGAAUCUGAAUAGUAUAUACGAACGACAGAGUCAAGAGAAUCCAUCUUUGAACACUGUAAAUAUCAUUGAUGACGGCAAUGUGAGCAGUACAUUCGCUGACAAUAAAUACAGCAUCAGUGACAUUUCGAACACUCUUAAAAAAGCAGACCAGACAGUCUCAUUAACCGAACUUGGAUCUUUGCAGUCUAAAUGCAAAAGCAUGUUGCAGCAUUUUAUUUUAAGUUUUGAACAAGAUCAGCAAGUGUCAUUCAAUCAAUCGUUUGUCUCAAGGUGUCUCAUCUUAGAGCAAUAUUUGGACCAUCCGCCUGCACAAGUAGACCUGAAAUAUGAAGCUGUGAAUUCAUACUUGGAGUUGCAGAUGAUGAUGGAAGCUUGGCAGUUUGUAGAAAACAAAAUCAACUUUCUGAGCGGUAAACCCACGUUUAGGAGUUUGCUAUGGUAUGACCCUUCUCUUUAUGGAGAACUGUACAAAGGGGAGGUUGGCUUUCAGCAGCAGUCAUCAUUGUUUGCUUCUUUUCAAAAGAUCUUGGCACAAGAGGGCUACAGUAAACUGCAAGAAUACUACAGUGCGGUAUUCUCCUUGCACCAACAGCUCAAUGCAGCCCCUGAUGCAUCUUACUACAUGUAUCUGAAAAGUAAGCGUGAGAUCCUUGAGGCUGAGGCUGCACUCAGAAAUGCCCAUGACAUUAAAAGCUUCUUUUUAUCUGUACCAAUGUCUGCAAUGAUCAAUUUAGGAGACAGUUUGGAAAGACUGGAAAAGAUACACAAAGUGAUAAUGACUUUUGUGGAGACACCUUCGGAUCAGUUGCCAGGGACAUUUGAUGUGGGCAAAGCAGAGCAUCUUUCCAUCACAUGCAGAUAUCUCCAAGAAAAAGCUCUUUUCAUGAAGUCAUGCAAAGAUAUGAUUAGCAAAGUGUCAUGGUUUGGAAUCGAGCACCUUCUUUAUGAUGCCUCUAAGGUUCUAGUAUGGCAAGACAUGAAUCACGGUGCACCAAAUGAAGUUCUCAAGACAUAUAAGAAUUCAAACCCGCAGAUUAUUUUUGGGGUGACGGAGUCAGGUGUUACACUUGUAAACAAAGUGGAACAGCCCCCUCCAUCCAUAAAUGGAGCAGAGAUUUCAACGAAAAAAAAGAGUGAUGCUGCUCGGAAACGCAAGAGUUCACAGUUAUGGACGUCCUCUCAACCCAGUGUUGCACAGAGUGUAAAGGCUGAUAAGGAUGUGGCUUAUAAAAUGGCUAAAAGGAGGCCAUCUCUUUCACCCCUAACGCAAUGCAAUGGUGUGAAAUCCCCUUUCCAAUCAACUUCUUCAAGCCGUGUUGAGAUCCCGACCCCUUACUACGCUCUUCCUCACGGAGUGGAUCCGGGGCAUUGGGGAAUGGUUGGAAGCACUGCUGCUGACUGGAAUGCCUCGAACUUCCCACCUAACCUCCCCCCUUCACCUUCCACAUCUCAUGCUAAUUCUCUUCAUUUGUCUAAUAGAUGGGCGACUUCAUCACAUUCUGAUGACAGGAGAUCUUUAGCAGACAUACAAAGACCUCAACAGCCUUCAGUCUCUGCUCCCCAAGCAACUUUACGAGGAGAUUCUUGUGUCUCACGUCUUGCACCACAUUGUCCUGUGCUCUCACAAGAACAAGUAAACCAUUUCAAUUUAUCCAUGACACAACCUUAUAGUUUACCAAAUUGCCCUUCGGAUGCAAAUUUGAUCCCUACGCCUCUCUCGGUUCAGGCUUUGACACAUGUCCCUAUGCCCAGCGCCAUUACAGCAAUUCAUUACCCCUACUUCCUUCUGAAUGGACAAACAUACACCACAGACUCCAAUGCAGCCAUUCACCCUAAUACUAGAUAUUACCCUAACACCAUUUAGGGCUAAUGUACUAUGAGCUAUGAAAUGGAAUCACAUGUGAGUCAGUUUUAUUUAGUGAAAUGAAGUUAAGUGAAGUGAUGUGUGGCCAACUAUGGUGACCCAUAUUCGGAAUUUGUGCUCACACACAUUAUAAACACACACACACACACGCACACACACACACACACACUCACACACACUCCCAGGGCAUUGGGCAGUGAAUACAGCUGAAUUAUAUCACAGAACUAGUUUAACAUCUUAAAACUGAUUCAUAAAUGUAGUUGGUGCUUUUAAGCAAAUGUACUUUAAUGUGAAGUAAAUGUAUAUAUGAUAUAACAUACAUUUUCUGAUAAAACCUUCCAUUUACUGUAAAUAACAAUGUUUUAUACAAUGACUUGAUGUUCAGUUACUUUAUUUUAGUAUUUAUUGCAAUUGAAUUUGUUUUCUACAAGUUAAUAUCAAUAAAUAAAUGAUUUGGUGUAAAACGUCCUAAAUCAGUUGUG